AUGUACUUUUCCGUCUCUUCGAUCCUCCUUAGCCUCGCGGCCACCGCAUCUGCCAUCGACAUCAGGGCUCACAUCGGCAGCAGCUGCGCCGGGGCCUACGUGGCCUGUGUGAACAUCAACCCCAACGUGUGCUGCUCGUUCAGCAGCUCAGGCUCCAGCGGCAGGUCCAGCAUCUCUGUGGUUGCCCUCACAAAAGCCUCAGAACUAAUGGAUGGCGAGCAGAUCCCGAGCAACUGGCGCAUUCGCGCUGAGGCUUAUACCGGCGGCGGUUGCUCUUUCACCGGGGGUCAGUAUGACUCUAACGGUGGCACCACCAUCUGCCUGCCGUACACGACCCGGGGCGACCGUACCGGGGGUAAGUACUGGUUCCUCAAUCGCAAGCGCGCCGACGACUUGUCCUGCCCCGCCGAGCAGCCCGGUGCCGGAAAAUGCGAGGCCGUUAUUAAGCCUGAUGUGCUCGGCCUCGCGGACGGCACCGCUUACAACAUCGCUGACCUGGCGGAUGAGAAGGUUCAGGAGUUGGAGAAGAUUGCCGAAACUGGCGCCGGUGCCGACGCCGUCCCCGCCGAGUUCCAGACCCUCCAGAUUGAGGCUUAA